GGCAUGCGUCCUGCGGGCUCGCAUAUGCGAGGCAUUGCUACCCAGCCUUCGCGUGCAGGUGCCUCGUGUGAUAUGAUGUUACAUGGAAUUGCAGUCGUGCGUGUGCCACUGAUGUUGAGUAGGCGCGAAAAAUGUAGCGGGCCGGAAGCCUUGCAGUAGGAGAGCGGUUCAUCAUGUCAGCGUGAG